AUGGCUGAAGUCAUUGGUAUUAUAUCAGGGCUGCUAACUCUAUGCCAAACGCUGGAGACAUUUGCAGGCCAGAUACACAGAUGGAGGCGCCUAUCGGAUCGACUGUUUGACCUUAGAGAAGGGGUAGACGCUGCCGAGAUCUCUCUACAGACCUGGCAAAAGAAGUACGAUGUCCAAGCACGCCGUCCGAUUAUUUACUUGCAAGUCUUGUUCGGCAAGAUGGGUUGUGAACGCAUACAAUCAACUCUAGGCGGCAUUAAGAUCAUCUCCAAGACCAUGCAGCGCGACGUCGAUUUGAUAAUUGGUCGUGCUUUGAGCGCUCGGCCGGGCAGGGCGCCUCUCGAUGGGCGUAUAGACGAGUUCCUCGUCAGAGACUGCCUCCAAAGGAUACAGCGUAACACUUCGUGGUCACGCAAGUUCGUGCUGAGUGUUCUCGGCCGGGCAGAUGACCUUGAGAUGCGUCUCGAACGACUGCACAGAAAGAUGACCAUGCUGGAGCGAUUCUCUGACUACUACCUCGAGAAGGAACACCCAGACAUCUUCUCCGAGAUCAAGCGUCUACCCGGUAGACGGAUCGUACUCAGGGUCAGCAAUGGCAGGGUGAGCUCGGUGCAGAACAAGCUUCUCGAUGCGUUCUCAGCCCAGAAGGAUGCCGAGAUGUUACAUAAAGCUUCUGGUCAGGGUGACAAGAUACACAUCGGUCUAUCGGUACCUCAAAUUCGCGAACGCGACUUUGCCUUCCUGAUAUCACUAAACGGGCAGUCGCAGGAGGUGCUUGUACAUCCGGUCAAGAUCAAGGCUGUCAACGGAUCUACACGUGUACAAAGCGAUUUGGCUGCUGCGGUACCCAGCCUCAUGCAGAGGCAGAACAAUAACCACAAAUGCUACAUUCAGCCAUCCUCGCGUAGCUCCGACGGGUUUGAACUUACCCUACCGCAAAGGAACCUCCUCUCUGACCUUGAAUGGAAAGAUCCUCUGUCGGCUCUCUUCAAGAACCAACACACACAACUCAGCUCCCAAAUACUCUACCCACAAGACCAAAGCUCUAUUGCAAGCGGCAUUGCGCAAUCCUCAUUCCGGCUCAUCGGUAGCCCGUGGCUCACGUCCCUGGACUGCAACAACAUCCGCUGGCGCCGCACCGCCGACAACCGCUGGGUCUCGAUGCUAACAGCGACACCCAGCAAUGCCUCGACAACGCGCUCCCUGGACGCAUGUCUGGCAUCCAACAAGAUCCGCCGUGACGCGCGCGACCUUUCGAAGCACAUCCAUAUCUUCCGCACUGGCCUUGUCAUCGCAGAGCUCUGCCUCAAGUCCUCGAUCUCAUACGUCAAAUUCGAUGCUUCCACCGACACCAUCAAGCUCUUCGGCAGCGAUGGCGAGGAACUCGACGCCACCGAAAUCGCCGCUGAGGUCGAGCGCAAGACUAAUGUGUUUCUCGGCAACAUGGUAUUCUUCUGCCUGAGCGCACUGCAGGACCGUGACAGGCUGAGUGACAAGAUGAUCGAAGAGUCGUACUUCACAGAUGUUGUCAGGGAGGCUAAGAAGUUGGAUGGUGUCAUCAAGGCUGGGAGGACGUGGGCGGAUAGGAAGGCGGAGGGCAGCAGUGCUGGCGCAAGUCCAAGGGGGAGCGGGUUUGCGACGCCGAGGAGUUCGAGGUAUUGA